AUGCGCACCACCUCCUUCCUUCGCUUCUGUUUCGCCUCCCACACCCGCUACUGCAUCGUCGGCUUGGGCAGCGGCGGGCUCAGUCUCACAUCCCACCUCCUGCGUUCGGGAAUCCAUCCAUCUGAGAUUAGAGUCAUUGACCCAGCUCCCAAGCAUUACUACCAGCCGGGAUGGACCAUGGUCGGAGCAGGACUGUGGAAUAUCUUGUCCACCGAAGCUUCCAUGGAAGAAGUAACGCCCAAGGAUAUCACUUUCAGCAAGGAUCGACUCAAACUGGUGAAGCCAGAUGAGAAUAAGGUUGUAUGCGAAAGCGGUCAGGAGUACACUUACGACGAGCUCAUCCUAGGCACAGGAUUCAAGCUACAAUAUGAGAAAGUGCAGGGCUUGAAGGAAGCUCUGGAUGAUCCCAAUUCCAACGUUGCCUCCAUCUAUGAGCUUAAAUAUGCUGAGAAAGUAGCCAAACUUGGAGAAAAACUAACAUCUGGAAAGGCCAUCUUCACAGAGCCUGCCUUGCCGAUCAAAUGCGCGGGAGCUCCUCAAAAAAUUCUCUACCUAUGGAGUGACAAAUGGCAGAAGAAGAAUCUUCCAGUCAGCGUAUAG